AUGGCUAACUACCUUGAAGCUGGUAUCUUCUCCGCCACACAGAUAAGCGAUGCAGAAGCUGUUUCGUCUGCCCUCCAAGUUGCAUCCAAACCUGACGUUCGUGUCGGCUUUGGGCCGCUCAGCUUUUUUGGAGUCGUCACAGUCUCUGGCUAUGUUGACACUAGCACAUACGAAGCGUCGAUUUCGGUCGCUGUGAUUGGCAUCAACAUUGGCACUCUGACUGGAAACCUCCAGGACGGGAUUACCCUCAAAGUUAACCUGAUUGCAGUCAAGGGCGAACUCCGGUUCUACCUUAAGAAUGGCAAUGAAGUGUGGCUGCACGUGGAUCUUAAAGUGCUUUUCGAUGGAGAUUAUAACGAUGAUGUCAAGAUAAUCAGUCUCUAA